GGGAUGGUCUGUGUACGCAGUUGGAUGGCCUCUGUGUAAGUGUGUGUGUGUGGGGUGGGGGGUGAGGAUGUAGGGGAGUGGCCUUGAAGAAAUCGACCACAACGAAGAGACAGCACGGCACCUGCUAAGUGACGGAUUCUAUCUCGUCCCAACACAAUACUGGAACUUCUAAUUGACAUCUAGUUGACAUCUAGUUCGCAUCUACUGUUACACCAGCUUGAUCUCAACCGGAUGUCAACACUAACAGCGGCGAGCUUUAUCUCUUGACAUGGUUUCAAUGAAGAAUUAGAAGCUAGAUGCGUCCCACUGCUGUCCAUGACAUUCAGCCGUGUGAUGACAUUUGAUGUCAGCGGGCGUCACGAGAGAUUAGCGCACGUGUCGGCUGCUGGUGUUGAUGCCAUCACAAGCUGGGGACCCACCUGAGGCUGCGACGUAACAAGAUGGUGCAGGUGGAGACCAAUGACAGAAAUAGCAUUGCAGGUCUGUCAGCCAUUCUUAGUGCUAUCUAAAUCAUUUAUACAUUAUGUGGCAAUGUGCCACUAUAUAAGAGAAUCCACUCUCAUAGUGUCACUGCUAUGGGUAACCCCAAGCACGUACACAUCCAUUAUCCAUGGUCAUUCAACGUAACACUCAGCCGUGUACUGGCCUUAAAUUUUAUGUAGGUUAUUUAGACGCGGGAAUAACCAUCCCUGCUACGGGGUUGACCCAUGGUCAGCUCGGACGCGGGUUCCCUGUGACUGUGUGUGUGUGGGAGGGGGGGCGAACUGGGACUUGAGGUGUGUACAUUUUUGAGAUUGUGGUGUGGAACGGAUGCGUCGGGUCGGCGUCAGGUGUGAGAGAUUUUUCCUGUCGGCUCUGUCAACGGAUUGUACCUUACAUUAAAAAGCUAUAGUUCUCAGACCUGAUUGUUUUAUUGUGAUUUCAUUUAAACUGUAAGCUACGUCACCACUCGGCUACAGAUUUUGGCGCUGCGAGCAGGGUCAAUUUACACUACUACAGUGUUUUGGCGUUGUCACCUAAGUCAACCCUAAACCACCACACUACUACAGUUUUUGGCGCUGCGAGCAGGGUCAAUUUACACUACUACAGUGUUUUGGCGUUGUCACCUAAGUCAACCCUAAACCACCACUCUACUACAAUUAUAUUGUUUCACUAUAUAUUAAAAGAGAUCUUACAUUUUAUUUAUUUCGUGUCAACCUGUCAUAUGGCAGGUACUGUGACAAUUAUACAAAUAAUUUUCUAAUAUAAUUAUAUAUAUCUGUGAAAACAGCCAGUUUAUCAACAUGUUAAAUAAUAAUAAAUAAUAAUACCAAAGUUCAUUUCAAAAACACGCUUCAUCCCCAAAGGCUCGAAGCGCGGUACAAAGUCAACAAAAAACAAAUCUAGAAUUGACCACAUUUAAAACAAACGCAACACUCCACAAACUCAUUACAAGCAUACAGUGUCAUCUUAAAGCUGCGUUUCUCAAACUUUUAAGUUUGAUGGACCACUGGCGGAAACGUUUUGAAAUUGCGCCAGAGAUUGGUGCCAGAUUUAUUAAUAACAUUCUCUUUUUAUUCGACCAUAAAUAUUCAUGUUGUGUGGACCGGCAAUGAAAGGCUCGCGGACCGGGGCCGGUCCGUGGACCACCAUUUGAGUUUUGAGAAACAAUGGUUUAAAGGAGGCCUGCACAACUCAAAAUGUAAGGCGGGCCGUAAAACUUUAUGAAAAACGUUUGCGGGCCAAAAAAAUAAUUGAACAGGGGGGAUAGCUAUUAAGAAAAUAAAAAGAAUAAAGAAUAUUUCGUUACUUUGCGGGUCGCAAAGUGGGUGCUGGCGGGCCACAUGCGGUCCGCGGGCCGUAUGUUGUGCAGGCUUGGUUUAAAGCAUUGCCAUUCAAUAUGAAUAACUAACGGCACGACUUGAAAAAUGAAAUGGGCUUAACACAGAGAUACAAUAGAAUGUAUACCAAAGUGUUGUUUCUUGCUUUCACUUCCAUCUGGUGUACAGAUUUAUUGAGUGAUCCCAUGGACAGCCAGCGCCCAGGUCCAUCGCCUGCUCCACAUUCGAAACUCUUGAAAACCUCCAGCAACGAGGGGAAGCAACUUAUCAGCUAUCAUAUCACACCCAAACCUCCACCGGAACCACUCCCAUUCCCGCUGGGGCUCUUGGUCACGGUAGGUAGCGAGGGAUGAUGUCAUUGACGACCAUUGGACUGGUGGUGAUGGGGUCAAUGAUGGCCGUCAGACUGGUGGUGAUGGGGUCAAUGAUGGCCGUCAGACUGGUGGUGAUGGGGUCAAUGAUGGACGCUAGACUGAUGGUAGUGAUGUGAUGAGUGAUGGAUGCUAGACUGUUGUAGUGAUGUGAUGAGUGAUGGACGCUAGACUGGUGGUAGUGAUGUGAUGCGUGAUGGACGCUAGACUGAUGGUAGUGAUGUGAUGAAUGAUGGACGCUAGACUGAUGGUAGUGAUGUGAUGAGUGAUGGACGCUAGACUGGUGGUAGUGAUGUGAUGAGUAAUGGACGCUAGACUGAUGGUAGUGAUGUGAUGAAUGAUGGACGCUAGACUGGUGGUAGUGAUGUGAUGAAUGAUGGACGCUAGACUGGUGGUAGUGAUGUGCUGAGUGAUGGACGCUAGACUGAUGGUAGUGAUGUGAUGAGUGAUGGAAGCUAGACUGGUGGUAGUGAUGUGAUGAGUAAUGGACGCUAGACUGAUGGUAGUGAUGUGAUGAAUGAUGGACGCUAGACUGGUGGUAGUGAUGUGAUGAAUGAUGGACGCUAGACUGGUGGUAUUGAUGUGCUGAGUGAUGGACGCUAGACUGAUGGUAGUGAUGUGAUGCAUGAUGGACGCUAGACUGAUGGUAGUGAUGUGCUGAAUGAUGGACGCUAGACUUUUGAUGUCAAUGGAGGAUACUAGAUAGGUGAUUGACUAAUGGAUCAAGCGUUGACUCUAGACUCUGUGUGAGUCAAGUUGGCCAGCCCCCCACCCCCCAUGAGUUAAAGAAGCCAUAGAGUGCUAACUAACCAACUCGACUGUUUUGUCCCCUAGAUCUGCUGUGGUGGCAACAUGAAGUAUCUUGUGUUCCCCACCCUGAUGGCAGUCAGCCUCGGUCUGUUUCUGGCCUUCAGCCGGGCCGUCUCCUCCACAACGGCACUGAUGGGUGCGUUUGGAAUUACAGUAAAACUGUUGGUUGUUGUUGUUGUUGUUUAAAUGUCGGUGAUGACUUUCUUGUUACAGUAUCACAAAUUUGAAUACCUUUCCAUUUGCUGACGUCAUCUAUUUGUGGCUUUUGAAAAAGUUAUGCUAUGUUUCUCACGAAACAAUCCAGCAAGUAUCAUUUAUUCAAGUUAAUUUGCUGUCAUCUUAACAGUAUGCAAACAAAAUAUACUACACCUACACUACCCAAGAUAUUCUGACAUUUAGAUUACAGCCAGUAUCAGAACUUUAACCCCUUCUAUUCCAACAUGAAGGUUACAGUCAGUAUCAGAACUUUAACCCCUUCUAUUCCAACAUGAAGGUUACAGCCAGUAUCAGAACUUUAACCCCUUCUAUUCCAACAUGAAGGUUACAGUCAGUAUCAGAACUUUAACCCCUUCUAUUCCAACAUGAAGGUUACAGUCAGUAUCAGAACUUUAACCCCUUCUAUUCCAACAUGAAGGUUACAGUCAGUAUCAGAACUUUAACCCCUUCUAUUCCAACAUGAAGGUUACAGUCAGUAUCAGAACUUUAACCCCUUCUAUUCCAACAUGAAGGUUACAGUCAGUAUCAGAACUUUAACCCCUUCUAUUCCAACGCCUAGGUUACAGCCAGUAUCAGAACAGUCGAGAGUUGAGUGAGGACGAGCCCAGCCUACCUAAGAGUCAUCUGUUCUUUGGCUCCAUGCUGAAAGACCAUGCCGCCAUGUUCCAUGCCAGGCCGCAGAUGUUUCAGCAGCAGCUGCUCAUGCAACAGCAGCAACAACAACAGCAGCAGCAGCCGAUUCCAGGUGGGGAUGCAUCAGAAAGCUGUGACUGUUCACGGUGUGAGGUGGACAACUCUUUCCUUGGGGUAUGUAUCAGUUGGUGGGCAGAUUUCAAUCUUCAUGGGCAUAUUUCCAUGUUAGUGGGGAUAUGUCCAUGUUAGUAGGUUUAACAUUUUGGCAGCACACCCAAAUUGUUGAGUAUGUCAAUGUUUGUUAGGUAUGUCAAUGUUUGUUGGGUAUGUCAAUGUUUGUUGGGUAUGUCAAUGUUUGUUGGGUAUGUCAAUGUUUGUUGGGUAUGUCAAUGUUUGUUGGGUAUGUCAAUGUUUGUUGAGUAUGUCAAUGGUUGAGGGGGUAUUUCAAAAUUUUAAAUGUAUAUUCAUGUGUGUGGAAUGAGGUAUGUGGGAUUUGUAUGACUUGUGGGAGCUAUCACAAUGUGUCUUACUAUGAAGUUUGCCCUGUUGAGACGAUGGACUCAAUAAGUCAACAGAUUUUGAACCAAAAUUCUCUAGGAUAAUACGAAGCAGUACCAGAGGUUGGUCAAGCACAGUUUCCAACACUUCUACGGCAAGCCCGAGCUGGCCGUCCAGAUGGAAGCGUUCGUUCCUGGCAAACAGAAAAUGUGGGCAAUGAACCCCGUGUUCUACAUCUCACCUGAUCAAAUCUGUGCAGACGAUGGCAGCCCGUUGGCAGUCAUCGUUGUCCACAGUCAUCACCGGCACAUGAUUGAAAGAAAUGUCGUGCGAGACACCUGGGGAGGCGUGGCUAAAGGGAGACCUUGGCCUCGGAGACAGGUGAGUUGACCUUUGGACUGGUUGGUGUAUGUUUGUGACAUGUUGGUAUACGUUCUGAGAGCUUGGUGUAUGUUUGUGACAUGUAGGUUGGUGUAUAUUUGUGACAUGUCUGUUGGUGUAUAUUUGUGACAUGUCUGUUGGUGUAUGUUUGUGACAUGUCUGUUGGUGUAUGUUUGUGACAUGUCUGUUGGUGUAUGUUUGUGACAUGUCUGUUGGUGUAUGUUUGUGACAUGUCUGUUGGUGUAUGUUUGUGACAUGUCUGUUGGUGUAUGUUUGUGACAUGUCUGUUGGUGUAUGUUUGUGACAUGUCUGUUGGUGUAUGUUUGUGACAUGUCUGUUGGUGUAUGUUUGUGACAUGUCUGUUGGUGUAUGUUUGUGACAUGUCUGUUGGUGUAUGUUUGUGACAUGUCUGUUGGUGUAUGUUUGUGACAUGUCUGUUGGUGUAUGUUUGUGACAUGUCUGUUGGUGUAUGUUUGUGACAUGUCUGUUGGUGUAUGUUUGUGACAUGUAUGUUGGUGUAUGUUUGUGACAUGUCUGUUGGUGUAUGUUUGUGACAUGUCUGUUGGUGUAUGUUUGUGACAUGUAUGUUGGUGUAUGUUUGUGACAUGUCUGUUGGUGUAUGUUUGUGACAUGUCUGUUGGUGUAUGUUUGUGACAUGUCUGUUGGUGUAUGUUUGUGACAUGUCUGUUGGUGUGUUUGUGACAUGUAUGUUGGUGUAUGUUUGUGACAUGUAUGUUGGUGUAUGUUUGGUCAGGCUGAAGUGAAAUAAAAUGUUACUGUUCACUGAAAGACCUUAUCAGUCAAUUUACUAAAAGUUAUUAUUUUUUUUAAUUUAGAUUAUAAGUUUUAAAUAAAAUAUUUCAGCUGUCAAAUUUGGUCAUGUGACUAUGUAUAAAAUCCUGGGUCUUCCAUAAUAAUUUUUUGAAUGGAGAAUGCACAUCAUUUAGCAAUGAUUAAUUUUGAGAAUCAUUUGAAAUUAAAUUAACUUACUGAUUGUUAUAAAGAUGUACUCCCCAUUAGCCUUUCCCAUGAGAUUAUGUUAUAAAGAUGUCCUCCCCAUUAGCCUUGCCCAUGAGAUUAUUUUUUAAAGAUGUCCUACCUUGUCCGUUAGAUUAUUAAUAAAGAUUUCCUACCCACUACUGUUGCCCAUUCUAUAGAGGCAUUCAAUUUAUUAAAUUUAGGAAGACCAUUUUAUUUUUUGUUAAAAAUGUUUAACAUUUUUUUAAAAGUGAUAAUGAUAGCACAAUUAAUAAUUGUUUGUUUUUACAAGUGCGUUUAAAUAUAGUAAAUAUGUCACCAAAAGUAUUUCAAAAACAUAUUUAUAUACUCAAAGCAUCAAAAUUUACUUACCUUCUAGUGUCCCAUAUGGCUACGGAUUAAACAAAAUUAUGUAUUUCUCUGUUAGGGAUUAAGUAUGGUCUAAUCUGUUGCAACUGUUUUGUUUGCUCCCCGGGGUAGAUGGUGGCAGAGGUGAGGCUCAUCUUUGUCUUAGAAGUCAGCGAGGACCCCAUUGAUAAUGACUUGGCCACAAAGGAAUCUGAUAAGUAUGGAGACAUUGUCCUUGUGGAUGUACAGGUGAGUGGUUGUAGAUGUGCAGGUGAGUGGUUGUGUAGGUACAGGUGAGUGGUUGUGUAGGUACAGGUGAGUGGUUGUGUAGGUACAGGUGAGUGGUUGUGUAGGUACAGGUGAGUGGUUGUGUAGGUACAGGUGAGUGGUUGUGGAUGUACAGGUGAGUUGUUGUGUAGGUACAGGUGAGUGGUUGUGUAGGUACAGGUGAGUGGUUGUGUAGGUACAGGUGAGUGGUUGUGGAUGUACAGGUGAGUGGUUGUGGAUGUACAGGUGAGUGGUUGUAGAUGUACAGGUGAGUGGUUGUAGAUGUACAGGUGAGUGGUUGUGGAUGUACAGGUGAGUGGUUGUGGAUGUACAGGUAAGUGGCUGUGUAGGUACAGGUGAGUGGUUGUGUAGGUACAGGUGAGUGGCUGUGUAGGUACAGGUGAGUUGACAAGAGAGGUCUACGCUUGAUAUCAAGUCUUGUCAAACUGGUCUACGCUUGAUAUCAAGUCUUGUCCAACAGUCACCCUUCCGUAUCUGAAUCAUUCUGCAGUUAUAAAAUUGCAGACCCUUUACAGUACAGGGUAAAAUGGAUUCUGAAAUAGGUUCAAUUUUUCUCACAGGAAACAAGUCAGCCAGCGUCCAGGAAGGUGUUGUCUGGGUUUAAGUGGGUCUUACAGCACUGCACAGGUACUCAGUACAUCAUUAAGGUCAGUACAUCAUUAAGGUCAGUACAUCAUUAAGGUCAGUACAUCAUUAAGGUCAGUACAUCAUUAAGGUCAGUACAUCAUUAAGGUCAGUACAUCAUUAAGGUCAGUACAUCAUUAAGGUCAGUACAUCAUUAAGGUCAGUACAUCAUUAAGGUCAGUACAUCAUUAAGGUCAGUACAUCAUUAAGGUCAGUACAUCAUUAAGGUCAGUACAUCAUUAAGGUCAGUACAUCAUUAAGGUCAGUACAUCAUUAAGGUCAGUACAUCAUUAAGGUCAGUAUGUCAUUAUGGCUAGUACAUCACUAAGUUCAUAAUCAUUAACAUAGUUCAUAAAGCCCAUGAUUCCUUCUCAUAAAAUAAGAGACCAUAUGACUACUUCAUCAGUCGUCUCUUGUCAAUUUUAAUCUUCUCAUCGGCAGGUUGAAGAGGACACAUUUUUAGAUGUGCCCCUCCUACUUAGUGUUUUAGCCAAUCAGGACUUGACCAAUAUGAUAUUUGGACCAAUUUUAUUUGCUGAAACUGUCCAACGGCUGACAGCGGACGACAAAGUUCUGGUGUCAAAACAAGCUUAUUUCCCCGAGUGGUACCCGCCUUAUGCAAAGGUAAGAAAGCUUUCCCAUUCAAAGGUUCAAGUUCAUCUUUAUCAACCUUUGUAAGGAAUGUAGUUUUUUACUGCAUAACUAAUUCUUGCCUCAAAAUUGAACAAAUUUGUUGAAAAACAACUAAAGCUUAAACUUGUAUUAUCAUAAAAAAAACAGGAAAUAAAUGAUUAUUAUUAUUAUGAUUAUAGCUCCUGCUAGAACUAUUAUUUUAACACAUGUUAUCUAUGCCUUAGGAUUCUAUCUAAGCCUUGUGACAUUAUCUGUCAUCAUUAGGAUACUAUCUAAGCCUUGUGACAUUAUCUGUCAUCAUUAGGAUACUGUCUAAGCCUUGUGACAUUAUCUGUCAUCAUUAGGAUACUGUCUAAGCCUUGUGACAUUAUCUGUCAUCAUUAGGAUACUGUCUAAGCCUUGUGACAUUAUCUGUCAUCAUUAGGAUACUGUCUAAGCCUUGUGACAUUAUCUGUCAUCAUUAGGAUACUAUCUAAGCCUUGUGACAUUAUCUGUCAUCAUUAGGAUACUAUCUAAGCCUUGUGACAUUAUCUGUCAUCAUUAGGAUUCUAUCUAAGCCUUGUGACAUUAUCUGUCAUCAUUAGGAUUCUAUCUAAGCCUUGUGACAGUAUCUGUCAUCAUUAGGAUACUAUCUAAGCCUUGUGACAUUAUCUGUCAUCAUUAGGAUACUAUCUAAGCCUUGUGACAUUAUCUGUCAUCAUUAGGGAACUGUCUAUGCCUUAGGAUACUAAUCUAAGCCUUGUGACAUUAUCUAUCAUCAUUAGGGAACUGUCUAUGCCUUAGGAUACUAUCUAAGCCUUGUGACAUUAUCUGUCAUCAUUAGGGAACUGUCUAUGCCUUAGGAUACUAUCUAAGCCUUGUGACAUUAUCUGUCAUCAUUAGGGAACUGUCUAUGCCUUGCCAACAUCACUAGCCAAGCGGCUGUUGACCGUGGCAGAGUAUCUGCCCUACGUUAGCACAGAAGAUGCUUUCAUAACUGGAAUAUUGGCUAAAGUCUUCGAUGCUCGACACAUCAACAUCCCCGAGCACCUCUACGACACGCGGGUCAACAACAAACCAGAGUUGUGUGACUUUGUUUACAGAAAGAAAAUGGUGGCCCACAAGGUCAACUCCGCCCUUGCCCGCGGCUUGUGGAGGAGAAUGGAAAAAGCUGAAAUGUGUGGAUUGUAUCCAGCAGAGGAGUAGCUACUAACUUGUGUGGGAAGAAAUUUCAGAGGAGUAGCUGCAAACUUGUGUGGGAAGAGAUUUCAGGGGAGUGGCUACUAACUUGUGUGGGGAAAGAUUUCAGAAGAGUGGCUACUAACUUGUGUGGGAAAAGAUUUCAGAAGAGUGGCUACUAACUUGUAUGGGAAAAGAUUUCAGAAGAGUGACUACUAACUUGUGUGGUUUAUUGGGAAGAGAUGUUAGAAAAUAAAUAGGGUAGCUUGUUUAGUUGAUGGUAAUGUUGUGCAACCUUGGGGGGUCUUCAUUGUGACAAAAUAAUUCUUUUCAAUGAGGAUUUAAAAGGUCUUUGGACAUAUGUGCCAAUGUAGCAGAGUUUUUGCAGGAAUGAAAGUGUAUGGAAUGAAAGUGUAUGGAAUGAAAGAGUAUAGAAUGAAAGUGUAUGGAAUGAAAGUGUAUAGAAUGAAUGUGUAUAAAAUGAAUGUGUAUAAAAUGAAAGUGUAUAGAAUCAAAGUGUAUAGAAUGAAAGUGAUGGAAUGAAAGUGAUGGAAUGAAAGUGUAUGGAAUGAAUGUGUAUAAAAUGAAAGUGUAUGGAAUGAAAGUGAAUCGGAUUGAAAGUGUAUGGAAUGAAAGUGUAUAGAAUGAAAGUGUAUGGAAUGAAAGUGUAUAGAAUGAAUGUUUUAAAAUGAAAGUGUAUGGAAUGAAAGUGUAUGGAAUGAAAGUGUAUGGAAUGAAAGUUAUAGAAUGAAAGUGUAUGGAAUGAAAGUGUAUGGAAUGAAAGUGUAUAGAAUAAACGUGUAUAAAAUCAGAACGGAUUGCUUGUUUACUAUUUAAAUGCUCUUAGAUUUUGUUGUUAUUUUUAUACAUCUCACUAACUUGGUACUAAAUAACCGUCAACUCAUCACUAAACUAUGUUAUAUUAUAUGCAUACCUCUCUGACUUGGCAUUGUCAAAAUGAACUCAUAUUACAUUAUAUUAUAUGUAUAAUUCACAGACUUGGUUGUGACAAUGUCAAUGAACUCAUUCUCAUUUAUUUCAACAUAAAAAUGAAAACAGGACCACAAAUGAUGCACAAG